AUACACCCUAAAAGCCGUUUCUUACUCCUCUCUCUCUCUCCCUCUUUCGCGUCGCGGGAUUUCAUUUCAUUAGAUCUUCCACCACACAGAACCAGGCACUACCCUGUUUGUCUUGAUUUUCUUUUCAUCUUUUGCGUUUUCUUACAGAGAGUAAGAGGGUUCUGCGGAUGGGGAAGCUCAAAGCUGUUUGUUGUCGGAUUUGAUCGGGAUUUCGAAUAACAGAGAUUUGAUGCAGGUUCAAGGAGGAAACCUGGCUUGGGCUUGAGGAAACUGCUGAGUACUCUCCAGCCAAGCUUUCACUUUGUAGCUGCAUAUUAUUUGCAGUCCUUGUGACUUCAGAGAUAUUGUAGCACAAGGUCUUUUGUUGAUCAUAUCCAUAUUUUUAGCAUAUAUAUUGGAAAAUGGCAGAUACAGUAUCAAGCUUCUGGGGUCCUGUGACAUCCACCACAGAGUGGUGUGAGAAGAAUUAUGUCUAUUCAUCCUAUAUUGCAGAAUUCUAUAACACUAUAUCAAAUAUCCCAUCCGUUCUUUUGGCAUUCAUUGGGCUUAUAAAUGCCUUGGGACAACGGUUUGAGAAGAGAUUUAGUGUGCUUCACAUAUCUAAUAUGGCACUUGCCAUUGGGAGCAUGUUAUACCAUGCAACACUACAACAUGUCCAACAGCAAAGUGAUGAAACUCCAAUGGUGUGGGAAAUGCUCCUCUACAUCUAUAUCCUCUACUCGCCAGAUUGGCACUACAGGAGCACGAUGCCAACCUUUUUAUUCCUUUAUGGUGCUGUCUUUGCCAUUGCCCAUUCACAUGUGCGUUUUGGCAUUGGCUUCAAGCUGCAUUAUGGGAUGCUCUGUCUGCUCUGCAUCCCCCGGAUGUACAAGUACUACAUCCAUACUGAAGAUUUGUCCGCCAAGCGGCUUGCGAAGCUUUAUGUGGGAACCUUAUUCCUGGGGAGUCUGUGUUGGCUGUCUGAUCGUUUUCUCUGCAAAAAGAUUUCUCACUGGCAUGUUAACCCACAGGGUCAUGCACUGUGGCAUGUCCUCAUGGGUUUUAACUCCUACUUUGCAAACACGUUCUUGAUGUUCUGCCGUGCCCAGCAACGGGGAUGGGCCCCAAGGGUCGUCCACUUCAUGGGAUUCUUCCCUUACGUGAAAAUUCAGAAACCAAAAGCUCAGUGAAAGUGUGAAACAACUAAACAAGAGGUGGUAGCAUAGAAAGGUGAUGGAGAAAUAGCUCCUCUUAUAGGGAGGUACUUGUAUGGUUUUCAGCAGGUGGCAUCAAGAAGCAAUCACUUUUUUUUUUCCCUUUUCCAGGAUAGGUGUAAAUGGUGGUGAAAUAUUGAUGUGGUUGAUAGUGCUACCGGUGCUUGGCGAUGUACAAUAUUUAUACUCUGGUUGAUGGAGAUGAGAUCAGGUGGAUCUUGUUAGGUUUAUUUUGGACAUUUUCAUUUGUUUUCUUCUAAUUUUUCAGAAAAAAAAAGUAGAAAACAUGUGUGGAUCUAACGUUUUGAUUCAGUGUUGACAGGCACAAUCUGUCAAUAAUUUUGAUUUGUUUUAUGGUCUAAUAUUUGACGCUUUCAUUUGUAUUGAAGUGAUUUCAGGUUCUAUUUUUAUUGUUUUUGGUCAUUGUAGAAGCAUGUGAACUCAUUUGAUUCCUCUGUAGAGUUUCUAACUUGCGCAAUAUGAAGGGCCAUUAUCUGCUUGUC